AAGAAGUAAUUGGAAUUUAGACCCACUGAGCUAGAGGUCGUGGAGGUGUUGGUUUUGACUAGCCUCAAGAUUCUAAAAGUAGCUUGGCAUGAACUUUUAGCCCACCCUUUUCAAACUAAGACUUGGCACCUGCCACUUCUAACCUUCUUCAUUUCGAAUGAUACGAGGGGCGCUGUUUUCUAUAUUCUUCAACAAGGACUUGUUAAACUUUCACAUUGGCUAAUUAGGUUACAAAAGUCUAAGCGUGACAACCUAGCGAACACAUUUAACAUGGAUACUUGUCUAUGUAGCACUCUUAAUCCUUCGAAUCUCAAUCAAAAAAAAUAUUUAAUGUUAGGUCACCAAUCCAAAUAAUUUUCACUUAUCCAAAUAUCAAAAAAUUAUCAACAUCAUCCAUGAUGAUGGGAAUUUUUCCAUUAUCCCUCUAUCUCUCUUAAAAAAAUAUAUUCAUCAACCAGAAUCCCAGUCAAUCCCUAUCUUUAUCUGCUAUGAUUUUUUUAACCAUAUAGAUUCUAUACAGUCAAUAAUUUAUAUAAUAAUAAUUAUAAAUCAAAUGCUGAAGCUACCAUCGAAUGCCUGUUUUCCUAGUCUUCUACUCUUCCCAUAUGUAUAUAUGAGUCUCUAAAGUCUAAACCUCUCUCUCCACCUUCGCUUCCCCUCACCUGCAUGCCUCACCAACUCCCCCAAAAACGUUGAUGCAAACCCCCCUCCGUCCAAUCCCAAUUCUCUUCUCGAAAAGAGGGGAGAAGAGGCCGGCAAAGAAGCUUGGAGUCCACGAAAAGAGGGAGAUGGAGAUGCUACUCGAUGAGAUCCCCCAUGCAACAUCUCCUCAUCACCAUCAUGAUAAUGGUGAUGCUCGCGCCGGCAAUGACCGUGCCCAUCAGAUACAGCAGAUGCAUCCGGCUCAUGACAUGCAUGGUUGCGCUGCCAAUGAUGAUGGUCCAUCACCAUCCCAUGGGCUUCUCAGUGGCCAUGGACAUGGCGCCGGUCAUGCAUGGAUGACCCCGCCGCCCCUGCUGUCGGACUGCAUGAUGGAAGAGCUCGGCUUGGUCGCCGGGCUGCGCUGCCUGAGCAUCGGUGAUGGUCGGGAAGCACCGCCUGCGCUCCCGCCGGCGCCGGCGCUUGCGAACGGUGGGAUGAGCCCUUAUCUUUCCCAGAGCAAUUAUGGCAACAAUUUAGCGUUUGGCGGUGCUUUAGGUGAUGUUUAUGGGGAGCCUCGGCGCUCUGUUCUCCCAAACCAUGGGUCUGGAUUGCAGCAGCAUUGCUCUACGGAUGCUGAUUUAUCGGAGUCGUGGCUUGAGGCCCACCUGUUGGAUGCUCGAGCAUCCUGUUCCAAUGAUCUUUAUACUGCAACGGAGAAUUUCCUAUACAGAGGGGAAGCAAUUGGUGCUGAUGGUGCUUUUGAUGCAAACUUGGAUUACAAGGGAACCCGGGGUUCAGGUUUUCCCUCGUCUUUCUUGCAGGUGCCACAUAAAAGGGUGGAUCUUGGCCAGGAUGUCGAUGCUCUGAAUUCCCUGAGCCCCGUUCAUGCCGGUCUUUCUAAGCAAGACUAUAGCUUGCCAUAUAGUUGGGCGCCUCAGUCGGUGUUGCUGUCGAGAAACCUGAGAAAUAUCGAGGCUUUUGGAUGUGAGGACAGUUCGAUUAUGCAGGGGAAGGGGCUGCAUUUUGUUGGGAACCGAUGGCAUGAUCUUCUGCAGGAGAGGAAAAGGUCGCAGCUUGACGACCGGAUGUAUUUGAGAGGCGUCCCUGUCACAAAUGUGAAUAGUUUGGUUGAUGUUCACAGCCCAAAGCCUGGUUGCUCUCCAAGUUUGGCAUCAAAAUUUGAUUAUUUGAUGGGCAUUGAAGGGUAUAUGUGCUACAUUGCGAAGAACCAGCAUGGGUGUCGAUUCUUGCAGCGUAAAUUUGAUGAGGGAAGGCAUUUUGUGGAUUUCAUAUUUGACAGGAUCAUCGAUCAUAUUGAGGAGCUCAUGGUGGAUCCCUUUGGAAAUUAUCUCAUGCAGAAGCUUCUGGAUGUAUGCAGCGACGGACAAAGGAUGCGAAUCAUCCGCAAGCUGAUGCAAGAUGCAGAGGAGCUCGUCAGAAUCUCUAUAGACAUACAUGGGACAAGGGCUGUACAGAAGCUGAUAGAGACUCUAAAAACCAGGCUGCAAAUUGCUCUGGUUAUUUCAGCACUACGACCAGGGAUUUUGGAUCUCAUCAAGGAUCUAAACGGCAAUCAUGUGGUACAACGGUGCCUUCAAACUUUUACGGCCAAGGAUAAUAAGUUUAUUUUUGAUGCUGCUACAAAGCAUUGUGUUGAUAUUGCAACCCAUCAAUAUGGAUGCUGUAUCUUGCAACGAUGCAUCUCUCAUUCUACUGGGGAAGAUUGGAGGGAAUUGGUUGCAGAAAUCUCUGCUAAUGGACUCACACUGGCUCAAGAUUGUUUUGGAAAUUAUGUUGUUCAGUACAUCCUAGAGCUGAAAAGCCCAUUAGUAAUUGCAAAUUUGGUAUCUCAAUUUGAAGGAAAUUAUGUACAGCUCUCAAUGCAAAAAUUCAGCAGCCAUGUAGUAGAAAAAUGCCUCAAGGUAUUUGGGGAAGAUGAUCGGGAAACUAUCAUAUUAGAAUUGCUUUCAGUGUCUCAGUUUGAGCAGUUACUGCAAGAUCCUUACGCUAAUUAUGUCAUUCAAUCGGCUCUUCAAAAUACCAAGGGUUCUCUUCGUAGUGCACUGGUUAAUGCCAUCCAUCCUCAUGCCGCAAUUCUCCGAACCAGCCCAUACUGCAAGCGGAUCUUUUCUCAACUAAAGAAGUGAUGCAAAUUCUGGAUUUUCAAGAUCCAUGUUGUAGUUUCCAUGUUGAAGGCAGUUGUUGCUGGGUCACGUGAAUCUAGAGUUCCAAUCCUGUAACUGAAGUGAGAUGGAUUGCUAGAAGAUCGUAUUAAGAUGUAGAGUUAUAACAUAUCUGCUGUAAUGUUCUGCUGUCUUUAUUGUCCACACUUAAGUUAUUGCCGUUAGUACAUAUGACUGUCAGUGUAAAGGCAAUACCUUUUUUUGGUUUCAUUUUGCUCAGAUUGUUGAAGGCAUGGAUGUUAUGAAUAGAUGUGUUGUUGC